AUGAACAAGAAGCGCGAGAGUCUGCCGUAUAUCAACGUGGGCACAGGCCCGACGUCCAGAAUGGGCAUGCCCAAGCCAAUCCGCAUGCUCGCGGGAGCCACGAUGCUGCUGUUCGUCUUCUUGGUGUACCAGAUGAUGCGGAAUCCGAGUGUGAUGCAGCCGCCGGGGAGUCACGAGAAGACACAAGACAUGGUGAGGGAUCCGAACUUAGAUCCCACGGGUGAACCUCCCGAACCAUUACAUCGAGUGGACGGCAGCAACUACGAUCCCGACAACCCCAACUCUGCUCGCAUCAAUGCUACGCUACUAUCGCUGGUCCGAAAUAGCGAGCUCGAGCAAAUUGUGGGCAGCAUGCAGGAGCUGGAAGCGACGUGGAACCACAAAUUCAACUAUCCGUGGACCUUCUUCAACGACGAACCCUUCACCGAGGAGUUCAAAAAGGCCACACGAGCGAACACGAAAGCCGAAUGCAGAUACGAGCUGAUACCGAAAGAGCAUUGGGACAUCCCCUCGUGGAUCAACGACGACCUGAUGGCCGAGAGCGCAAAGAUCCUGGAAGAGAAGAAGAUACAGUACGCCAGCAUGAAGUCAUACCACCAGAUGUGCAGAUGGAACAGCGGCAUGUUCUACAGACACCCAGCGUUGAAGGACAUGCAGUACUACUGGCGCGUGGAGCCGCACGUCAACUUCUACUGCGAUGUCGACUACGAUGUGUUCAGAUACAUGCGCGACCACAACAAGACAUACGGCUUCACCAUCAACCUCUAUGAAGCGCCUGACUCAAUCCCGGGACUCUGGCCGGAAACGCUCAAGUUCCUGGCAAGUGACGACAACCAGAAGCUGCUGGCUCCCAACAAUGCCAUGUCCUGGCUGACUGACAAAGAGCGAAGACCAGAAAAGCAGGCGAACGGCUACAGCGGUUGCCACUUCUGGUCUAAUUUCGAGAUUGCUGACCUGAGCUUUUGGCGGUCGCCUGUGUAUGAGGCCUACUUCGAGCACUUGGACCGCGCAGGUGGGUUCUUCUACGAGCGCUGGGGUGAUGCACCAGUCCACUCCAUCGCAUUGGGACUCUUCGAGGACACCAACAAGAUCCACUGGUUCAAAGACAUCGGCUACCGGCAUAUACCUUUCUUCAAUUGUCCGAAUUCACCAAAGUGUAAGAAGUGCCAAGCCGGCAAGUUCUUCGACGGUGCGGACUUUUUAAAGAAGGAAGACUGCCGACCGAACUGGUUCAAGUACGUUGGCAACGAAUGGAGCACGAGCGCAGCAUCAUGA